AAAAUGUCGAGUGGAAAAGGCAAGAUGGUGCUGCUGCUGGCAGUCCUUGUUGCAGCUGCAAUGAAGACCAGUGUGGCCCAGGACUAUUGUGACCCGGACCUAUGUGAUCCUGGAGACGCUCAUAUUGCAUGCAACAAUCCGGGCGGCUUCACUAGUAACUGUCCGGAAGACGCAAAGGUAAUCGAAAUUACUGAAGAGUAUAAGAAGAUCAUGCUGGACGAACACAACAAGUAUCGUAGUACAGUGGCAACGGGUGGCGUAAGCUGGCUGCCGAAAGCCAAACAGAUGACUACAAUGACCUGGGAUGAUGAGCUGGCCCAGAUGGCACAAUUGAACGCUAAUCGGUGUGUGCAGAAACAUGAUGCCUGUCACAAUACAGCCAGCAUCCGGUACUCAGGUCAGAACUUGAACCACAUCACAACCACGGCUCCAUCGAUCGACAACAUCCCGCAGGUGAUCAAGGAUCUCAUUUCGUCCUGGUGGGACGAACGUGUUGAUGUGAACUCGCGUAUGGUCAACAGCAUGUACGAUCCUGGCAAACAUACCAUGAUCUUCCACUUCGCCGUCAUGGCAGCGGACAAAUCGAACAAGCUGGGUUGUGCAAUGUCUCAGUGGUCCAACAAUGGUAACCCCUAUCUGUACCUGGUGUGCAACUAUUCGUUCACCGAUUUCGUUGGCUUGCCCAUGUAUGCUGCGGGAGAUCCAUGUACCGGAUGUACAACGGGCUGCAACUCAGAGUACGAAGGGCUGUGCAAUCCUGACGAGCCUGUUUCGGUGCCGUUUUAACGAUGAA